AAUAUCUAUUUCAAUUCCUCAAGCAGUUAUAAAUUUGAGCUGAUUUACAUCAGUAAUACUCGGACUACGAAAAGAUUUUAAAUGAUAUUUUUUACCUAUCGUAACCAUCCCUACUAAGGAAAGAGGAGUUGAUACCCAAAAUACAGUAUAUAGCUUCGAUCUAAACGUAGGAAUGGGACAGAAUUGGAGUGAGUGAAUCGCAACCCUACCAUAAUAUAUAUAUGUACUAUCAACCCCCUUAUCUCAUGGCAUUGAACGUUUCCGCUGGAGGAACCUCGGCCACAUGGCAGGAUGCGGUGCAAUCAUUCCUCUCGAGUCUCGGGCCCAACGAGCGAGCGGCCUUCCAAGUCCCCGCGAGUCCAGACGACUGCGUGGGCGUGCUCCUCGCGACCCAGCGCCGCAAGAGCAAGCUGUCCCGGAUCCUGGAGCUGAUGCAGCCCGCGAUCGAGCCGCUCAAGCGCUUCGAGAGCGCCAUCGACGUCAUCGUCCAGGUCAACGCGGGCAUCGCGUCCCCGAUCUGGGGCCCCCUUAGGAUUGUCGUAACGCUCGCUGCGGAUCACUUCCGAACGUUGGAGAGCGUUGCGAUGAUUGUCCAUAGGAUCAUCAGCUCGCUGCAGAGGUUCUCCAAGUACGAAGAGAUGUUCGAGAAGAACAGGCUCGUGCAAGACGCCGUAGGGGUGCUCUACUGCGAUUACAUCGACUUCUGCGUCCGGGUUACGAGGUUCUAUUCGGCGUCUUCAUUUCGAACACUCUUCGUCUCCUUCGAUAAGGACUUCCGUGAUGUUGCGGAGAAGAUCCAACUCCACAGCCAGAAUAUGGAUUGGGCGGCCCAUGCUGCGCAUAUAGAAGAAACGCAGAGGGAAGCGGAGAACGCUAAAGCGGAAAGAAAAGCACACGAAAGGGGAAAUAUCCAGAGAUGGCUAUCUCCUUCGACUGUUGAUGAUGAUCUCCAAAAACACCUAGAUGAUUGCAUACCUCGGUCAUGCGACAGGCUAUUAGCCUCUUGCCAAUUCCAAUCCUUCAUCUCUUUAGAUGAUACGAAUAAACCACCUCCUGUCCUUGCAAUACAAGGGUUACCUGGGAGCGGAAAGACCACAGCAGCAGCCUUCAUCAUAGACCAACUGAAAACUAAAGGAUUCGAAGUACUGUAUUUCUUCUUCAAGGCCAACGGCGUAGAGAAGCGCACAUUGCUGAGCUGUCUUCGGACGCUUCUAGCUCAAUUGCUCCGAUUAGAGGAGCACCUUUACGAUUCCACCGAGCCCUUCUACCGAGAAAGCGGCCGAGUGGUAGCCGACUCGUUAGCUGAGGUACAGCGAGCUUUUUCAGCCGCCCUUCAACACUCAAAAGCGAAACAAAUCUUCGUUGUCCUCGAUGCUCUCGACGAGUCUUCACAGAGUACAGACAUUACGCAGUGGAUCACUGCUUGUCAAGAUCGUAGCGAAAGACCGCAGCUCCGGAUACUGAUCACAUCCCGCCCCUCGCCGUCUUUCUCAAAACCAUCCAACUUGUCCUGGUCGAUCCUCAAAAUGGGAAGCUACGAGAAGGCGAGCGUGAACUCGUACAUACUGUUACGAGUGCAGAAGAACCCGAUCAUCCGCGACACGAAAGUCGGGGCCUCGGUCGCAGACCACGUCAUAUCAGCCACUCAGGGGCUUUGGCUCUAUGCUCGGCUGAUGAUGGACGAUAUCGACCGACUCCCUUCCGUCGGCCAGAUACAAAAACAGCUGAGAGUUCUACCGAAAGGUUUCACCGAGCUGUACACGCAGAUAAUCCGGACCACUGAGGCAAAUUACAACGCGAUCGAACUCAAGCUGGCCCAGCAGCUUCACCUGUGGGUCGAUCCCGCAGACUAUCUUCCAAGCUUCUUGGUCUUGAGGGACGACCGGAUCGGGUACGGGAUGCUGGAAUUAAUAUUCCAAUACGCGAACGACGGCGAGGAGGUCCACGACCCGACUGCGCAAGCUAGUCGGGUGUCGGGUCCUCUCAUCGAAAUCUUCAACGACGAAACCGCCGACUCGACAGACUCGCAGGCCUAUGAGCUCGACUUCAUCCAUUACACCGCGGCCCAGUAUCUCUGCGAGAGUAACGACCUGCCGUUCGCGCAGCUGCCACUCACCUUGCGCCCGCGACGGCUUCGGCAUCUGCACCGUGCCGCCGUCGCGAUCUGGUAUUUCACGGAGUGCAAGCAGUCGGAAGAGCUACUCCUUGAUCUACGGUGGAACGAGGGGAGGCCCGCGCGAUCGCUGAUGAGGUAUUUCGAAAUGGCGUAUGGGCUUUGGAAUGCCCUUCAUCUAGUCGAGUUCCCCGAUAUCCAGGAUAGCCAAGAGGCAGCCGAGGCGGAAGCCUUAUUGCAAAAACUAACAGAGUUCAUCUCGACGUCGGCCUGUUUGCGCUGGGUCGAGAGCGCCGUGAUAAUCAACUAUGAGGGGAAGUUCCCGCAUUUGCUAUGGAACGCUACAAAAGCUUGGAAGGCGGGAAAGGAUAACGAAAACCACCAAUUUGCGCCAUAUCAAGCCUUCUCCAAGUCCCGGAUACACUUUUUCCAGAACUAUGCUUACGUAUUGGCAUUGACGGGCUUAGGAGCGGAAUCUGUUCCCCGCGAGCUCUUGGAUUCUGCACAAGAGAGAGUCUUGGAGGACGAACUGUCGCGAGAGAUUUUAUCUCUGGGAGAACGAUGGCGACGGCUUAUAUUUUCUGGCUUGGAUUAGGUGUUGGACAACGUCGACUUUUUUCAUCUUUUGCAAGCGAGCAUGAAUCUUGAUUUGAAUGUGCAUUAUCUUCAACGCUCCCUUGGGUUUGGCAUAUACAGCUCAAAGAAAAUAGUAUCGGGAUGUUUUUGGCUAAAGUUUCAAGCCUGGUUAGUUCAUCUCAGAGGGUAAAGGAUAAAGAGGCUACUAGUACGGAAAGACAGUUUAUUGUAGCCGUCGUGGGGUAAAUAAACGAGGAUUCUUCGCGUAAUUCGAAGCUCAAAGGCAGGAAAUGUGCUACAUUGUUGUCGAACAAAGGCGCGUGGC